AGAUGUCAAAAAGUUCUUUUGCGUCUCGAUAUUAACACAAUUGUCGCAACAACACGUUGUUGUGAACAAAUCGUUAAACAAUGCGUAUCGAGACGUGUUAUUUCUGCUCGUCGCGGAUAUACCCCGGACACGGCAUCCAGUUCGUCCGAAAUGACUGCAAAAUCUUCAAAUUCUGUCGCUCGAAAUGUCACGCCGCAUUCAAAAAGAAGAAGAACCCACGCAAGGUGAAAUGGACUAAAGCAUUCCGAAAAACCGCCGGUAAAGAACUGCAAGUUGAUCCUUCAUUUGAAUUCGAAAAGCGACGCAAUGUUCCACUGAAAUACGACAGACAGACAUGGACACGCGCUGUAGACGCGAUGAAAAAAGUUGAAGCUAUUAAACAAAAACGCAGUAAUGCGCAUAUUAUGCAGCGAUUGCGUAAAGGAAGAGAAUUGGAGGACGAGCGUGACAUUAAAGAAGUCCAACGUGAUUUGUCACUCAUCAGAUCACCAGCUGCUGGACUCAAAGCAAAGAAAACAGCUGAAUCAUCCAUGGAGGAAGUACCUGAAAGUGAUGAAGAGGAUAUGCUGGUGGAAGACGGCGGCGAAGUUACGUUGUAGUCAUUUUCGUUUAUUUCUUAAGUUUAAUAUCACUUGUACAAUUCUAAGGUUAUGUCUAAUGGUCUGCAACAAACAAACAAACAAGUUGAAAUGUGUGUUAGGCAACCAACAUUACACAUAAACAAGUUAUACUCUA